AUGAUUAUUAGUUGCAAGCCCUUCGAGUUGUCCCCAAAAGUUGAUGGAAUUGCACUUGACCCUGAGCCUGAAUGGAGCUUCGAAGCUCUACUCUCGGAGAUAGAUGAACUGGAAAGAAAGAUCAACAGCUCUUCUAAGGUUUCAGUGCCUUUUACUAAAGAAAGACCACGAGAUAUCUCCGAUUCAAAGAGCAAUGGGAGGACUUCUGCUAGCCCAUUUGUUAUGGGUGUCUUCGAAGAUAAGAUGGACAACAUUGACAGUGAAGAUGAGGAGGCUCAUGAUCAAAAUUCUGUGGUAGUUAAACGGUUUAAUUUUGAUGAUCUUUAUCUCAGUGAUAGUGAUGACUCUGGUGAUGACUCGUCUCUUGAAGCCCAACCUUGCCUGAUGGAGAAGGUUGAAUCAGGGGAAAGUAGUUUGUUCGGGCUAUCCCCUUGUCCAAAACUUGUUUUGGAUGAAAUCAAGAACCAAAUAUCAGCAUUAGAGACGGAUCUGAAGACUGAAAGUCAAUCUAUUUCUGCAAUCUUUCGAGUUGAGAGAUAUAGAGAAGAAAGAUGUGAAAUGGAAAGAAAACUUGAUACUCAAUAUCAAUGCAAUAUAGCAGAAGCACAUCACUUGACUGCUGUCCAGCGAGACCUUGAAGUCAGAUCUCAAACAGAAGAAAGAAAAAUAAGAAUUGAUGCAGCUUAUAAAGAUGCUAAAAGAAGGGAAAAAGCUCUGCAAGAAGAAAAACUUCGACAAGAACGAGCUAAAGCUGAAGCUGAGGCAUGUAUCCUGUCUUUGAUACCCCAUAACUGGUUCCCACUUCCCAUACAUUGUUUCCAUGGUGACCUUGAUAGCUCUAGCCAAUAUAAUUAA